GCCCGGCGGGCGGGAGUGGGGUUCCCUCCGUGCCGGCUCUGCGCCCACCCGCGGGCCCGGGCCCGCCCUGCCCGGGCGUGGCGGCUGAGGAACUGCGCCCGGAGGGGCGGCCGGGCCUGGCCGCUUGCGUGGGAACGGCGGCGGGCCCGUUAGGCCUGGCAGGGGCGCCUCAGCUGCCCGCCCCGUCGUGGAACGGUGGGGGAACGCGGCCCUGGCCGUCGCUGCGGGGCGGGAAAGUUGUAAUGGGGCCGUCAGCAGGAAGGGAGUCUCAAAAGAGCUGCUUCUCUGUGAGGUGUUUUGAAAUGUCGCAGAUGUUGGAAAGCACGGUCCUUGCUUUUCAGAUCGGAAAGGCAGAACUAGCGCUAGCAAGAGAGAAAGGAUGGGGAUUUGCUGAGGAGAUACCUGGAGGACAGUGGAGGACUACUGGUGAUGAUGCUUUAAUGAUGAAAAGUCCGGAGGAACUGGUAGGCUUGAAGUAUUGUGGAAGGAACGUUUGUCUUCCUGUUAAAAUCGUAAAACCAGCGUUUUCACACAUCACUGUAGAAAACCCGUAAACUAAUCUCAACACCCAGCAAGAUGUUCCUGCAUCUGUGCUGUGGAAGGAAACAACUGCCUGAGAGAAGUAAUGCCUUAACUGGUUUGAAGAUCAGAGAGAGCUUUCUGUUUGCAUAAGACAUAAAAGAAAAUGGAAGAAGAUGAGACUUUACAAGGUGAAACAGAGAGGGCAAAAGUUGAAACACAUGCUACUCCUGAGAUCGGUCGGCGGAUAUCAGUUAGCGAGUUCCUUUGCCACUGCUGUUACGACAUUCUGGUCAAUCCCACCACCCUGAACUGUGGGCAUAGUUUCUGUAGACACUGCCUAGCAUUGUGGUGGGUAUCAUCCAAGAAAAGUGAAUGCCCCGAAUGCAGAGAAAAAUGGGAAGGAUUCCCCAAAGUCAACAUCCUUCUCAGGGAUGUUAUUGAAAAGCUAUUUUCUGAUGCCAUUGAACAAAGAAAAGAAGAUAUUCAACAAAACAGUGAUGUAGCACGCAGCUUAGCAACCUUCCAAAAAUAUGGGAACGACCAGAUUCCUACAGUUCCGAACACAGGAAGAAUUAAUCCUCGAGGAGGAGGGUUUUUCUCAGGCGUUCUGACAGCUUUAACUUGUGUAGCAGUAGUUCUACUUGGAUAUCACUGGAGUAGCAGAGAAUUUGAAGAAGAUCUUCUUGUUCACAAGCCUGUUGCUAAAUGGACUGCUGAAGAAGUGAUACUUUGGCUAGAGCAGCUGGGCCCAUGGGCUUCACAUUAUAAAGAAAGAUUUUUACUGGAGAAGGUGAAUGGAAGACUUCUUCUAACACUGACAGAGGAGGAUUUCACAAAAGAGCCUUACAGUAUAGAGAAUAGUAACCAUAGAAAAGCUAUUAUGGCGGAACUGGAAUGUGUUAAAACUUUAGGUGUUAAACCACCACAGACCCUUUGGGAAUAUAAGGCAGUAAAUCCAGGAAAAUCACUCUUUCUUCUAUAUGCACUGAAGAGUUCUCCAAGACUCAGUAUGUUAUACCUGUAUUUGUUUGAUUAUGCAGAAGCUUUCCUACCUUUCAUCCACACAAUUUGCCCUACGCAAGAAGACAAGUAUGAAGAUACUGUGACAAAACUACUAGACCUUAAAGAUCCUUCUUGGAAACAGUGGAAAGAAUUCAUUGUGAAGUAUUUAUUUUUGCCAUACCAGUUGAUAGCUGAAUUUGCCUGGGAUUGGUUGGAUGUGCACUACUGGACAUCAAGAUUUAUAAUUGUAAAUGCCAUGUUGCUCUCUGUUCUGGAAUUAUUCUCCUUUUGGAGGCUCUGGUCAAGAAGAGAAUUGAAGACUAUUCCUCACAGAAUGUGGAGACAUUUCUGGAAAGUCUCAACCCAGGGCCUUUUUGUUGCCAUUUUUUGGCCUUUUAUUCCUCAGUUUGUUUGCAAUUGUUUGUUUUACUGGGCCUUGUACUUUAACCCAAUCAUAAACAUUGAUCUUGUAGUUAAAGAAGUAAGGCGUCUGGAGACACAAGUGCAGUGACUGGCAUUGGAACUUUUGAGCCUUUUAGCUUCUAAAAAUGGAAAUUUGAAAUAAGCUUUGUUUUUCUUCCUCGUAUAUGUGGCAGUGAAAGUGGUGGAUUAUGUUAAUUUAAAACAUACAAAAAAGCCUUAAGGUAAGUUAAUCUUAAACAAGCUGAUUCCAAAUCUGAGGAUGGGCUUUAAUAUCUGAAAGGAAUUUGCUAUUGAAAAAAAAAAAAAGUAACAUUCCUGAUUUAGCCAUGUAAAACUUACACAAUCAUAUCACCCUAUUUUUGAUCAAAUCAAACUUACCUAUUCUGUUGUGCGUAUUCUGAUUAUUUUCAAGCCUGCCUUAAAAUCAGUGUCUUCUGAACAGCUAUAGUGAUGAUUUUUUCUUUUUUAAAACUUAGCAAUGUGUUCUUCAACUUAAGUUUGCCAAAGGAAAGCUCUUCCUGGAUAGGCUUGAUAUUGAAAGUACUUCGGUGUUUUCAGUCUACUUUACAUGUAAAGUUGUGACUGUCAAAUUUACCGUCUCACAGUAGAGUUUGUUCUAAAAUUCCCACUGUUGAAGGCGAAGACUGCUUGAGUUUUGUUGUCUUUUGAAAAAUGUGGUGAUUGCCAUUCAAAAUUUUUUAUUCAAAUCAGUUAGACUUCAUCAAUACCUUCUUUAAUGCGCUCCUCUUGAAGUCUGUUGCUAAUUCUUAAAUUCAGGGCUAUCUCUUAAAAAGGAUUAUUUUGGAAAAGUGACCUGAUGCUGUCAUUACAUCUUACUGAAAUAUAAUGUGUAUAUCUAGAUGUGUAAACGAAUAUUGUGACUAGAAAGUUAUUUUCUGUAAACAGGAUUGCCAUUUGUUAAUGUAUGUUUUUUGACUGAAACAAAAAUUAGAUUUUUUUUAAGAGCUUUGUCCCCUUGCGUUCUACAUUGGUUUUGUUUUUUUUUUUUUCAUUUGUAUCAUUAAUAUGAACUUUAAAUUUGCCUAUGAAUAUUUUUAAAGAUUAAAGAUCUCUUUUGAAAUCUUCAUCCUUCUUUUUACAUUGAAGUACUUGUCAUUAGCUUUGACUUGGUCUGUAGCCCUGCAUCUGUAAGCGCUGAGGUGGGUCAAAGUAGAUACAAAACACUCCUGGUUCUUAAACUGUUAAAAUUAGUGGUUAUGGAAAAGUGUGUUAUUCAGGAAUUCAUGUUACUGAUUUCUCUUUCUAAAAGGUUUCAAAAAACUAUCUUUAUAUCCUUAUGAGGUACAUACACUUCUGAAUUUUGCAAACUCAUGCUGUCCAAGAUGAAACACUUAAGAGAAAGUCAGUUGGUCCCAGUGACUGCUACUUUUUUCAUGUAUCUGUCUUGGUGAGGGGUUUGCAUUUGCACUUUUAAAUCUGGCUCUGAAGUUUUACGAGUAGAACUUCUCCCUGUGCCCACAGGAAACUCAGGGUGUACAUGGAGUAAGGAGCUUGAGCCAUACCAAAUGAACAACUUAUUGGAAAACUGUAUUUAAAAAGUAAAAACUAGAAAAAAGGAAUUAUAGUAGGCAUUUUUUAAUACAGGUAGGACGACUUAAGGUCAAUGAGAUGCAAAAGUUAAAUUAGGCUUCAUAAUAAGUGUUUAAUAUAGAUGUGAGGGCUCUUUGUGCUGACACGUCACUUCAUGCAUUUCUUCUAGUCAGUUCAAAGUUAACGAAUGUUAAGGUGAAUGUUAGUGGAAAUGUUUGAUUUGUAUCUUAGAGCCAGUGGAGGGGAGAUGAAAAGUUCACAGUGAAUGAUACUACGAAUCUGAAAAA